CAUAAUACCUAAUUAGUUCCUCUCUGUUUUCUCUCUCUACCAUGAUCGACUUUAUUCCCCUCCCCACCCCUCUCUCUAUCUCUGUCUCUGUCUCUCUCUCUCUCUCUCUCUCUCUCUCUAGCGUUGAGUUCUGUGGAUUACGGCGUCUUCUAUGGCUUCUCAGAUCUGCCAGCCCUGCCGGAAUUUCAUCUGAAGCGUCGCCACUCUUCUGUAACAGGGGAGAGUGUAGAGUUGAAUGAGUAUAUUUUACUUGACAUGUGAUUCUAUCUACUCUAGAUGAGACCUUAAAGCCAAAUUACUUGAAUGCUUACAAAUAAACAAGACAUGACAAAAUUGAUAUUGGUGAAUGAAGCUUAAGGAUUACUCAGGAAGGUGCAUUGGGGUUGCCAGAGAUCCCUGGUCAUUGUUCUUGUCCGCUCUCAUCAUAGGGUUCUAUCCUAGAAACGUCAUUAGAUAUAUUCCACGAUCGAAAUUCAUCCAUAAUCAGAACCAGUGAUUGUGCCAUAUAUAUUUUAGUCAAAUGGACAGGUCAGAUACGUCUGGUUUCGUGAGUGGUGGGGGUAGUUUUAAAGAAUUUCUUCUCCCUAUUCUAUUAAAUUUAAACUAUACAUUUUCCUAGAAGCAUGUGGUUAACCUUCUUCUGCUAGUUCAAUCUCCUCAUCUUCGGCUCUUAGCACACAGGUGCCCACAGAAUGGACCUUAAUGAAAACAGUGUAUUGUUUUUAUGCAAUGGUGAUCUUUCAAAAAAUAACUACGGUGACACUGCCACUGCUUUAUGCUUGGAUGGCUUUGGUUAUGGAGGAAGAAUGAGUAGCUGCAUUGGGAAUGCUAGGCCUAAGCUAGGAGACAGGCCCAUUCUUUCUUGUGCUCCUGAUGAUGGUUGCAGGUUGGUACUUGGUCUGGGUCCGACACCAACAACAUAUUCUGAUGGGUAUUAUCCUUGUCGGGUUAACAAAAAGAAUGGAUUGGCAGCUACAUUGCAUCAGGGCAUGCCAUUAGAGGCCGAUUCAUUACUAAAACUAGGCCUUUCUGGAGGGAUGGACGAAGUUUCGGGUGUGUUCGAUCACACUGUUUCUAACCACAACAAUCUGAGUUCACCUCAUUGUCCUGUGUCUGGAGAUGGUAAUAGAGUUUUGAUUCCUGUUGUCGAUGAGGGAUCCACCUCAGCCAAGAAAUCAGGUGGCUAUAUGCCAUUUAUUUUGAAACCAUCAGCAGAUAGUGGCCAGACUAUGUUCCAUAUGCAAGAACUAGAACCUGGGACCAGAUCCAAUUGCAAUCCUUCUCAGUUGAGCUCUGACUUUUCAGCUCUUUCAGAUUACUCAAUCAGCACUGUCUCUGAGCCUGCAGCUGCUAGAACAUCAUCAGACCGCAAAGCCACCAAUCCUAAGAAAUGCAAGUUUGAAGGGUGUUUAAAAGGGGCACGAGGUGCUACUGGCCUCUGUAUUAGCCAUGGGGGUGGCCAAAGAUGCCACAAACUUGGCUGUAACAAAGGUGCUGAGAGCCGGACGGCCUUCUGCAAGGCUCAUGGAGGCGGGAAGAGGUGCCAGCAUCUGGGAUGUACUAAAAGUGCCGAGGGAAAGACAGAAUACUGCAUAGCACAUGGCGGUGGGAGAAGGUGCAACCAUCCCGGAGGGUGCACCAAGGCUGCACGGGGUAAGUCGGGGCUUUGCAUCAGGCAUGGCGGGGGAAAGAGAUGUAAGGUGGAAGGGUGUACCCGCAGUGCUGAGGGGCAGAUUGGCUUGUGCAUCUCUCAUGGAGGGGGACGUCGUUGCCAGUUCCCCGACUGUGGCAAAGGUGCACAAGGAAGUACCGUGUAUUGCAAAGCACACGGUGGUGGGAAACGCUGCAUAUUUGCAGGGUGCACAAAAGGUGCUGAAGGGAGCACGCCAUUGUGCAAAGGGCACGGUGGAGGGAAACGCUGCCUAUUUGAUGGCGGUGGGAUCUGCCCAAAGAGUGUGCAUGGAGGAACAAAUUUCUGCGUCGCUCAUGGUGGUGGAAAGAGGUGCGCCAUUCCUGGUUGCACAAAGAGUGCAAGGGGCCGAACUGAUUGCUGCGUCAAGCAUGGUGGAGGGAAGCGAUGCACGUUUGAAAACUGUGGGAAGAGCGCGCAAGGGAGUACAGACUUCUGCAAGGCUCACGGUGGAGGGAAGAGGUGCAACUGGGGAGAGGGGAGAUGCGAGAAAUUUGCGAGGGGGAAGAGUGGACUUUGUGCUGCUCACACCAGCAUGGUUCAGGAGCGGGAGACAAACAAGCUGCGAGGAAUGAUUGGACCGGGGCUCUUCCACGGGCUUGUGCCCGGAGCAUCACCUGCCGGGAGCAGCUUCGAGAACAACUAUUCUUCCUCCGUAGUAAGUGCCACCUCAGACUCUACAAACUCCCUGGAGAGGCCUGCAAAGAAGCAGUAUCUCAUACCCCCGCAGGUACUGGUUCCCUUGUCAAUGAAGGCCUCUUCAUCAUCAGCUGCUUAUUCAAGACCAUUGACUUCUUCUUCGGAGAAACAAGGGGAAGGAGAAGGAGGCAGCCCCUGCCUCGGCGGCGGCGGCGUAAGAAAGAGUCUUGACUUUGUGAUUCCAGAAGGAAGGGUGCAUGGUGGGGGGCUCAUGUCAUUGCUGGGAGGGGACCUGAGGAAUGCCCUUGAUGGGGGGAUCUGAUCUCAUCUCAAGGGAACCUCUUCUCUUCUCUUCUCUUCUGUUGGGUACAUUGCGUGUGUUCACAGCAAGUCUUUCUAUGUUGCUAUCUAUUAAAAUCAUUCUUCCAGAUGGAACUGUGUAUAAAAGGGUCUGUAAUGUGGCGUCUAUUCAAUAACUCCAUCCCCAAGGAAGAAGCUUUCUUUGCUUCAUGGGAUUCUUAUAAUAUGGUUAAUGUACUCUGUUGUAUUGUUA